GCCAUGGACCCCUCGGGGACACCGUCGGUGCCACUGAUGAUCGGCUGUGCCGUGUCCUGCAUGGCCCUGCUCACCCUGCUGGUGAUCUACGCGGCCUUCUGGAGGUUCAUCAAGUCGGAGCGCUCCAUCAUCCUGCUCAAUUUCUGCGUCUCCAUCCUGGCUUCCAACAUCCUCAUCCUCGUGGGCCAGUCCCAGAUGCUCAGCAAGGGCGUGUGCACCAUGACUGCCGCAUUCCUCCACUUCUUCUUCCUCUCGUCCUUCUGCUGGGUGCUGACCGAGGCCUGGCAAUCCUACCUGGCGGUGAUCGGCCGGAUCCGGACACGCCUGGUCAGGAAGCGCUUCCUGUGCUUGGGAUGGGGCUUGCCAGCCCUCGUGGUUGCCGUCUCCGUCGGCUUCACGCGGACCAAAGGCUACGGGACAGCGAGCUACUGCUGGCUCUCGCUGGAGGGCGGUUUGCUCUACGCCUUCGUGGGACCCGCU